ACUGUUGCAAAAUUGGUUUUGAACUGUCACAACACAUAACCAUUACAGUACAUCGUCGAAUACAGCCAAAAUCAUGAAAAUUAAAACGAUCACAACUGCAAAUAUCAAAAAUCCUGCCUACAAUGAAAAACAUCAAAUAUUCGUUGGCACACACACCGGCUCAUUUAAAAGAAUCGAUGUAUUUGCCGACACCCCACAUGCACAAGAGAAUCUUCAAUCAAUCAGCUCGCUGAACAAACAAUCUCGAGUCACCGCUAUGGAGUGGGGCGAUGAAAAUGAGAUACUCGUGGGUCGGACCAACAAGUUCAUCAAAAUUUACGAUGCAUCGAAUAACGAAUUUACCAGCACCAUUGAAUUGGACGAUGGACCAAUCGUUGGAGCGGGACGUUUUGAUGGUAAAAUAAUAGCCGGACUCUCUGGGGGAAAAGUUCAAAUAUUCCAACAGAACCAGGAAUUCCUUCAAGCUGGCGACCAUCUGUCCCGAAUGCGACAGUGCAAAGAAAAUAGGAAACUGAUUGCUACGGGCGGGAAAGGCAGACAAAACAACUUGAAAGUGUGGGACUUGGAAACGAAGGCGAAAGUUUUUACGUCGAAAAAUCUGCCGAACGAUUAUCUGGAGCUGGAGGUGCCUGUUUGGGAUUCGGAUAUUGUAUUCUUAGACGCUCAUCAGUUGGCCACUUGUUCCCGACACGGAUAUCUUCGAGUGUAUGAUACGCGUAAACAACGACGGCCAGUCUUGGAGUACGUCAAUCCGAAAGAGCAAAUUGCGUACGGCUGCGCAACCGUACACGAAAAUACUUUGUUCGUCGGCAGUGCGUCUGGAAUCGUGCGUGCGUUCGACACCAGAAAGAUGAAGACAAUUGUGCACACGUACAAAGGUUUUACGGGCAGUGUCACCGACAUCGUAACGGACAACAGCGGAAAAUAUCUUUUCACCUCAUGUCUGGAUCGAUUCGUUCGCGUUCAUUCCGUUGAAUCAACAGCUCUGCAGUAUCAAUGCUACGUAAAAUCGAAGGCCACACAGAUUCUAAUGAGAACCCAUGACGACCAGCCAGACUGCGUUAUGUUGGAGGACUCAAAUUCAAAUGAAGCCGAUGACAAUCAGCAAUCGGAUGAUGAUAGUAAUGAUGAAACGGAAUCGGAGGAAUCAGGAAGUGAUUCGGAGUAUGAGGAAAUGUUCCAACAAAUGCAGACAGUCGAUGAGGAGAAGCAGGAACGGCCCAACAAGAAGAGGAAAACACAAGAAUCGAUUAAGAAUAGCAAAAUUUCCAAGAAGAAGAAAUAAAUUGUCGAUGACGAAUGUUUACAAA